CCUAUGGUGAAAGGGUCUGUUAACGACGCCGCUGGCGCAAGUGACGCUUGCAGUAGUGUUUCCUCGUCUGGUGUCUCCGCGACAGCGCCCUUAUCGCCGGAUCCGCAGCCUUCCACGCCCGACGUCGCUUCUAUCAAGCGACGCUGUGCGACCAGCAUUCUCUCCCGGCUUCCUCGCCCAAUCGCACGUCGUUUCUUUGGUGUCCCGUCUGCUCCUAUCGAGCACAACCCGCCGUCCCGACACCGAGGGCGACUGAAUAGCUCCGAUGAAUCUGAAUCGCCCUGGCUCGACUCUCCUCAGGCGUCAUCGACUGUCUCACCCGCAGAUUGCGGCCACGAAGAGUCACUCCUACUCGCUGCCAUUGAGGAGAUUCUCGACCUCUUUGCCGAUGAUUAUUGCAAUAAGCAUUUAAUAUAUUCCAUCAUAGAAGCCAUUCUCACAAAGCUCCUUCCGGAGUUGUCUGAGCGCAGCAUCGCCGAGCUAAUGGAGGACAGGGGGGUACCCCUGGCCUCGAAUUUGACUCCACCUACCCAUGCGGGCUCAUAGACGGUGUACAGUGUACGCGGGGUAGUGGUGUUCGCUACAUCGAGAUAUUCCCCUAGGAUAAUAAUGUUAAUGAUACC